GUGUCAGCGCGGCCUGGUCAUGCCGGAAUCGGAAUCGGAAUCGAGUGGUGGUCCAAGCCGACGCAAGUCAUCCGUUGCCGUGGACGUUGUGGAGCAGAUCCAUGGAAGCUUUGGGCGCUGGCAGUUGCGGACCAUACUCCUGAUCUUUCUCUGCAAGAUUCCCAGUGCCUGGUUCAUGGCCUGCAUAAUCUACACGGCGCCGUAUCCCUGGAAAGGAGAGCUUGUCUGUCGUCCGUCGGACUGGAAUGCCAGCGAACCGCUGCCAGCGGAUGACAGUCGAAUUAACAAUCUGUGGCAGGAGGAACGCAGCACAGAUCGCCUUUUCAAUGUGGAUGUGUGUAACGCCUAUGCCCAGACCCUAGCCCGAGGUUUUGUGACUCGUCAUGGGCAGGAGUGGAAUGCCACUGCCUCGAAAGACGAGGCAUCAUCGUCAUCGCUUCCCUGUGAACAAGUGGAGCACACAAGGGCAUACAAGUCGCUAAUCACGGAGUUCGAUUUGAUUUGCUCGCGUCGCGUUCUGGUGGCUGUGACGCAAUCCUUUCAUGCUUUGGGGGCGCUCAUUGGCGGUCUAAUGGCCUACACGGCUCUGAAACGCAUCAGUCCGCGACGCCUCAUGCUGUUGGGGAUGCUGGGCCAGAUCUUCUGCGGGAAUCUUACGGGUCUGGUGGACACCUACCAGUUGCACAUCUACUUCCGCUGCCUCACGUCCAUAUUCUGCGCUCUCAUGUACACAUCGGGGCAGUUUAUAUUGAACGACAUUACCUCGGGACAGGCUCGGAUUAUUGUCAUCACUUUGUCGGAGCUGUUCUGGUCUAUUGGACUUGUACUGCUUCCUGGGAUAUCCAUAUAUUUCGAUGACUGGAGCUACCUCUAUGUGGCCAUUUCCUCAUCCCUCAUCGUACUUGUCUGGCUGCAUCGCUGGAUUGCGGAUGCUCCCCGCUGGCUGUUGCGACACCAGCGCGUUGAGGCGGCACUGCGCCAGCUGCUGGAGUCGGCCACCUACAACAAUCGAAAGGUGCCGCUCACCCUGGAUGUUCAGCUCACGGCAUACGCCAAAGAUCUGGAACUGAUGGCCGAACAGAAGCGCAGCUACUGCCGAAUCUGGGAUGGCGAGACGAAGCGCAGUCAGCUGAUCUACAUUCAUUGGAUCUGGGGCUGUGCCAUGGUCCUGUACAACAUCACUCUCCUGAUGAUACGAAACCUGGGUGCAGCUCAAGUUCAUGUGAACACAGCGGCCUUGGGAUUCGCCGAGAUGGUGGGCGUCUUUGUGGGUCUCUACAUGAUUCUCUACACGCGUCGCCAUUGGCGCUGGGCAGGAAAUCUGAUGAUUGCUGCAGGGCUCAGCACCUACCUGGUCUGGCUGCUGCCUGAAACUGAACGCAACUCACGGCGUGUGGGUCUGGAGCUCAUAUUCUGGCUUAUAUUGAAGCUGGCCAACUCCGCCUCGAUAGCCGUGCUGACCACCUGUACGGGGGAAAUGGUUUCCAACGAGAAUCGAGUCUUGCUGAUGCUCUCGGUGGUGACGUUCAGUCGUUUAUGCCUGGUCUUUUGCCCCUUCCUGAGCACCUUGACUGUGAUACAUCCGCUGGUGCCCAUCACCAUCAUUGCCACCGUUGGCUGGAUCUAUGGCCUGGCCUUGAGACGCCUCAACCGUUACUACUGGAACACGGAACAGCCGCACAUCAGCCAGGUGCCCACGCCCAACACCUAUCGCCGUCACUCGGAGAUGAUUCUGCGCCGCUGCAGCUCCGCCAGCACAGAAGUCAGCGGCUUCAGCAACGAGCUGUUGACCAACUUUGAGCGGGAUAUGGCCGUCAGUAUUGCCGAUAUCUGGCAUAUCAAUUUCUAUCCCAUUAAUAUGUGCGACAGCCUGGCGGAGAUGGAAUUGCAGAAGAGACCGGGAGAGGUGGAGACAAUUGAUGCCUCAAAAUCGCGCAGCUUGGAAACCAUUUGAGGAGAUUUUGGACAGCCUAUA